GAAGAUGGCGGACGGGAAGGCGGGAGAGGACAAGCCAGAGAAGCCGCAGCGAGCCGGAGCCGCCGGAGGACCUGAAGAAGAAGCAGAAAAACCUGUGAAAACUAAGACUGUUUCUUCCAGUAAUGGAGGGGAAAGUUCCAGUCGCAGCGCUGAAAAGCGAUCGGCUGACGAAGAAGCUGCAGACCUCCCAACAAAGCCUACAAAGAUCUCCAAGUUUGGAUUUGCCAUAGGUGGUCAGACGACAAAGAAAGCAUCAGCCAUCUCCAUCAAACUUGGAUCAAGUAAGCCUAAGGAAGCGGUUCCAACUCUUGCUCCAAAAACCCUUUCAGGAGCAGCAGCUUUCAAUGAGGAUGAAGAUAGUGAGCCAGAAGAAAUGCCUCCAGAAACAAGGAUGAGGAUGAAGAAUAUGAGAAGGAACACACCAACAUCAGCUGGACCAAACUCCUUUAAUAAAGGAAAGCAUGGCUUUCCCGAUAAUCAGAAGCUAUGGGAGCGAAAUAUAAAAUCUCAUCUUGGAAAUGUACAUGACCAAGACAAUUAAAUGAAGUGUUUUGCGAUUGGGGUGUGGGUGGGUGCAGUUAGAAGGAACAGUCUCCUUUUGUAAAGAAUGGUGUAAGACUAGCUUUGGAGCCAUUUUUUCUUUUCCUUUUUCUUCUUUUUAUUUUAUUUUUUAAGAUUGAGUGGUACACUAAUAAAUGAGAGUUUGAAAUUAGAGGUAAUUUAUGUUUUAUAUACAGAUUUCAAGACCUUUGCUAAUUUUGUAGUUUCACGUGAUUAGUUUCCAAAGGUUACAGAUAAUAAAGAAAUCAGAAGUGGUACCUUUCUAAGAAUUGCAUAUUUUUUUAGACACAACU